AUGUCUUUUCGGACAGUCAUCGGCAUCACGCCCAACGAGACCCAGCUCUGUUCCUUGCUGCGGGCGCUCUUCGGCGAGGAGGGACAGGAGCGGGAUCGGCAAAAGGGCCUGGAGAUCUUUCAGCAGCUUGUGGACGACACGAGUGUGAACCUCACGGAAGUCCAUUUUGACAUGGCGAUCAAUGUCUGUGAGAAGGACGGGUUGUGGAGAGAGAUCCUGUCUCUGGCCACUGCGAUGGGCUCGCGCGGCAUCAGCCCACACUCGAUGACCUGCAAUGCCGUGCUUAAGGCCUGCGUGCAGCUGGGGAAGUCGGAUGUGGCCUUGAAGCUCCUGGGCACCAUGGCCCGGGACGGCACGGAACUGGAUCGUGUCGCCUAUCGGACCGUACUUGCUGCUUGCGCACGGGCGCGGAGCUGGGACGAGGUGGCUUAG